GUCAUCCACCAUCUCUGUCACUUAAAAACAGUUGAGAUUAGGCGUCUCCCCAGUUUGUUAAUGAAUCCUAGACUGUGGGUUGCCUUUGUACCUUUAAUUACGUUUGUGAUAUGCGAUCCUUGCUAUAAAACCAAGUCUAUUUUAGCACUAACCCUACAAAAUUUUAGGAACUUAACAAAAGCUAAUGUGUGCGCGUUGGACUUUACUUUGACCUUGUUAUAAACUUAGUUUCUUUUCUUUUAUCUUUAAAAAUCGGGAAACUUAUCAAAAUACACCUAGCUUUUUACCAAUUGAAGAGUCUCUUGUUCAACUAUUUCUACUCAUGAUCAAGUGUAUUUUGACAGGUAUUUUGAAAUUAAGUAAAUAGCAUAGGUAACCUAUUAAAAAGUUAUGUAUAUUUUGAUGAAUUUCCCUUACAAAUAUUUUUUAUUUGGUUAGGUACAAAGUUGAUUUACGUGAAUUUUGCUGUGUGUAUUUACAAAAUUGAGCCUUAUACAAGACUCUAAAAUGUGAGCACAAAAUUGAGAAAUGUAGAAGAUUUUACUUCUCCUUAGCAAGGAAACUUGCCUCCCUAAUAGGCCCCUUAUGAGAGUAUUUAAGGUCAAUGUAGUUAUGAUAUGCCGAAUUUCUUCAAAUACUUUUCUCCAGGCCCAGAGGCAAUGGAUACCUUUUUUAAUUUUUUUAUUUGUAUAUAUUUUUUUCCUGAAUAUUAACUUGGGACCAAGUGAGAAUGGAGUUCUUGGCCAUCGAAUCCGCCAUCGUGAGCAUCUUCUGCAUGAAAUAUUCCCUAAGUUGACCCGACCCGACCCGAUUAUCACUCUCUCUCUACCCUAAUAAAGGGUGUCCUCUGUCUGUGUAUGGGGUCCACAAACAAGUCUUUUUACUUGUUCUGCAUUUUUCUGCUAUGUCCUCUCGUGAUCGCGAAGCCAUCCUCUCUCUCUCUCUCCUCCCUGUUUCUCUCUCUAGGUCUUAACGCAUCUCUCUCCCCCAGAUCUCCAUUCUCACUCUAAGCCCAUCUCUCUCUCUCUCUCUCUCUCUCUCUCUCUCUCUUCAAUGGCAUCGCACCACUGUCACCACCACCACGCCUGCUGCUGCUGCCAGCAACCCCACCACUCUCUCUCCUCCCCACCACCACCGCCACCCUCUCUUUCCCCUUCCCACUCUCUCUCUGACCCUCUCCUCCAAUCGAUAGCCUCUCAUCUCUCUCACCUCCUCUCUCCUCAUCCACCCCAAAACCCACCUCUCCACCAACUCCAUCGACGCAUCUCAGCCCUCGAAUCCGCCCUCCGCCACUUAUCGGUCAAUCCCAGCCGCCCAUCUCCACCACCACCUCCCACGCACUUUUUCUCUCUAAAAGAGCGUGCUCUCUCUCUAAAAGACGCAGCAGCUCGAACCAUCCAAACCCACUUCCGGGCCUUCUUGGUUCGACGCUCUCGAACACUUCGGCACCUCGAAAAUCUCUCUACUGCAAAAACCCACCUCAAAAGCCUACAGCUUUCUCUCUCCAACCCUUCUUUUCUCUCUCUACUACGAAACAGGGUGCUCGUGAGGCAGGACUUUGCAGAGAAAGCCAUGAGCCUCCUCAUCAAGAUUGAUUCCAUUCAGAGUGGGAAUGUAAUGAUCAGAGAAGGCAAGAAAUCCAUAACCAGAGAACUAAUUCAUCUAAUUGAAUUGAUUGAUUCAUAUAGUAAUCACAAAGGGGCUAAUAAAAAAUGGCCCCAUGUCAAGAGCAAAUAUUUGAAGUUUAGGGUUUCUGAUGAUCACAGUCAAACCUCAUUAGAAGAACUCAAGAAAGAAGUUGCUCAUCUUGAUUUGGGUUUUGGGGUUUCCAUCAAUGAUGUCAAGAGCAAAGAUUUGACGUUUGGGGUUUCCAAUAAUCACAGUGAAACCUCAUUGGAAGAACUCAAGAAAGAAGUUGCAGAACUUGAUUUGGGCUUUAGGGUUUCCAUGAAUGAUAGGAGAACCCAUUUCGAUGAAAUCUCCAGUGGCCUUGAAGGCAUGAUUUCUAGGGCUUGGGAGGAUGACCAACAGAUGAUUUCUAGGGUUCGUGAAAAUGUUCAUGACCCAGUAGAAAUGCAACAAAAUGAGAUUAUUUCUAGGGUUUGUGGAAAUGGUCAUUUCCCAAUGGAAAUGACACAAGAUGAGAUGAUCUCUAGGGUUUUGGAGUGUGAUGAGGGCACACAUUUGGACUCUGGGGUUUAUGGUAAGACAUAUGGGAAACAAGGAGAAAUUGGGCUUUGUGCCCCAAAGCCUUUGCACAUGGAGCCUAGAAUAAGUGAUUUGAUGAAAGACGUCACGAAGAGGGUUGUUUGAGAUCUCAUGGAAUUUUGCAGAUUGCCUUGUGUUUUAGUUGUUCUUUUAGCGAUUGAUGUUGUAACAUUAGGGUUUUGAGUUUUAUUCAAACUGUGGUGGAGAGGCCUUCAAAAUUUGUGAGCUUUUUUUUUAGGGUUUUGCACCACUCCUCACCCUCUUGUUGUAUGAAAAUUGGACAGCAACCCAUUUAACCUGGCUAUUUCCUGUUUGUAAA